AUGCUGCGAGUGAGUUACCGGUUCGCGGGGAGAUUCCAAAACUUAGAUAAUUACAAGGUUGCUGUAGAAGGCUGUGCCCAUGGAUCACUCGAUAUUAUUUACCGCGCGAUCGCUGAGAAUGACAGGAUUAGCGGACACAAGACACGAUUACUCCUCAUUUGCGGAGACUUUCAGGCUUUGAGGAAUCACUCUGACUUCAACACGCUUGCUGUCCCGCAAAAAUACAAGCAGCUGGGUGAUUUUUACAAUUAUUACAGUGGCAAGAAAACUGCGCCUAUCCUGACCAUCUGUAUCGGUGGAAACCACGAGGCCAGCUCGUACUUCUGGGAGUUAUACCACGGCGGAUGGCUAGCUCCAAAUAUCUACUAUCUAGGUCGCUCUGGCUCUGUAAUGGUCGAUGGCGUCCGCAUUUCUGGCGCUAGCUGCAUCUACAAGCCAAAAGACUUCAUAAAGGGAUACUUUGAGAAAAUCCCUUACAACAACUACACCCUGAGAUCAACCUAUCACAUACGUCAGUUUGAUGUUUCGAGGUUACUGCAUCUACCUAAACCAGACAUCUUCCUCUCUCACGACUGGCCUCUUUCGAUAGAAAGAUACGGCGAUACGAACGGCCUUAUACGUAAAAAGCCUUUCUUCAAGGAUGAGAUCUCUAAAAAUGAGCUCGGUUCACCACCUCUUCUCACCCUCCUCCAGAAUCUCAGACCUAGGCAGUGGUUUUCGGCGCAUUUGCACGUAUACUUCAAAGCCAAGUGGCUGUCAGUGGCACAAAGUAGCAGCAGCGGCAAGCGUAUAUCUUCAUCUCCUCACGCAAAGCAACCGUCUAAGCGUCUCAAGAUUGUUGAAGACCCAACUGAAUCUAAUACUAAUCCAGAUGAGAUAGCAAUAGAAGACGAUGUUGAUGAUCGGCCAGCUGAAGGGGCGAAUGAAUCAAAAGAUAGACAGAAACACGACAGCAAUCCCGAAGAGAUCGCUAUAGAAGACGAGGAAGGGGAUGAAAAUGGUAUAGAGCAAGUAGACGAUAUUAGCAGCGCACCUCAACCAUCCGAUGAAGAGGUCACAUAUUUCACAGCACUCGACAAGAGUCUUCCAAAUCGCAAAUUCUUAGAGGCAGAGACAGACGACAGAAACGCCAGUCACAGGCCUUUUUUUACAUUCGAUCCCUAUUGGUUAGCUAUCACGCGCGCCUACCACCCCUUCAUGUCUACACAAGACUCGCAGACACUGCCAUUAGAGGAGGAAGCCAAGCGCGAGAUAGAUGUGCAGCUGCAGUGGGCAAAGGAGUAUUUGAGCAAUGUGGAAGUGGAGAGUGUGCAGCAAUUCGUUAAGACUGCGCCAGGUGAUGGUGAUAGAGGAUUCACAUUCAAAGGACAACCUCACACAUACACUAAUCCCCAGACUGAGGCUUUCUGUCAAAUGCUAGAUAUACCGAACUUUGUUAAUCCUCAGCCGUGUGAAGGAAUGCAUCAUGACUUAUAA